AUGUUCCCCGGCGAAAGCUUCAGAGACGGCAAAGCUGAGGCUAACGGGCGUAGAGAACGUGAAGGAGAACGUGGAAGACAUGGUGUUCUGGAAGCUGCUUUCACGGGUUUAGGACAAGUUCUCUGUUUUGUUUGGAGAGAGUCAGGGGAGAUUGUGGUUGAUUUGGUUAGACCUGAGGUUAUAUCAGAUCUCAAGAACAUUGCAUAUACUAUGGUUGGGUCAGGAUAUGAACGUGAGUGUAUCCAGGUAUGUACUAUGGUUAGGAAAGAGGCUUUAGAUGAGUUUCUUUAUGAUCAUGAGGUUGAGAAGUUGAGUACUGAAGAUGUUUUGAAGAUGGAUUGGGCUACAUUGAAUGCAAAUAUCAAGAAAUGGAUAUAUCUCGUUAGUGAGAAGUCUCUGAACAGUCAGAUCUUUGGGGAAGUAAACGAGUUUGGUUUAACAUGUUUUGUCGAUACAGUGAAGGCUGCUGUGAUGCGGUUACUUAACUUUGGUGAAGCUGUGUCUCUUGUUCCACGGCAACCUGGGAGGUUGUUUAGGAUUCUUGAAAUGUAUGAGUUAGUAUCUGAGUUUUUACCAGAGAUCGAUGCACUCUUCUUGGAUCAACUUGGUUCAACGGUUAGAACUGAGUACAGAGAAGUGAUGAGGAGGCUUGGAGACUGUGCAAGAGCAAUGUUUCUUGAAUUCAAAAGUGCUAUAGCUUCUGAUGUCUCUUCACACCCUUUCCCUGGAGGAGCGGUUCACCCGUUUACAAACUACGUGAUGAACUACCUCAUGGCGUUAACUGACUUCAGCCAAACGCUUGACUCGCUUCUCAUGGAGCAUGAGGAUGAAGAGACAUGA